CCGGACGGCCCGGCGGGGAGGCGCCCAUGCCGGACGGCGCAGCGCGGUGAGGGCGCGCGCGGGCGGGCGGGGGCGCAGCCGGCACCAUGUCCAUGCUGCCCACCUUCGGCUUCACGCAGGAGCAAGUGGCGUGCGUGUGCGAGGUGCUGCAGCAGGGCGGCAACAUCGAGCGGCUGGGCCGCUUCCUAUGGUCGCUGCCCGCCUGCGAGCACCUCCACAAGAAUGAAAGCGUGCUCAAGGCCAAGGCGGUGGUGGCCUUCCACCGCGGCAACUUCCGCGAGCUCUACAAGAUCCUGGAGAGCCACCAAUUCUCGCCGCACAACCACGCCAAGCUGCAGCAGCUGUGGCUCAAGGCGCACUACAUCGAGGCGGAGAAGCUGCGCGGCCGGCCCCUGGGCGCCGUGGGCAAAUACCGCGUGCGCCGCAAGUUUCCGCUGCCGCGCUCCAUCUGGGACGGCGAGGAGACCAGCUACUGCUUCAAGGAAAAGAGUCGCAGCGUGCUGCGCGAGUGGUAUGCGCAUAACCCCUACCCCUCACCGCGCGAGAAGCGCGAGCUGGCGGAGGCCACGGGCCUCACCACCACGCAGGUCAGCAACUGGUUCAAGAACAGGCGGCAGCGCGACCGGGCAGCUGAGGCCAAAGAAAGGUACGAGGAGAACAGCGAGAACUCCAACUCCAACAGCCACAACCCGCUGGCUGCGUCUCUGAAUGGCAGCGGCAAGUCGGUGCUAGGCAGCUCGGAGGACGAGAAGACGCCGUCGGGGACGCCAGACCAUUCGUCGUCCAGCCCCGCGCUGCUGCUCAGCCCGCCGCCGCCCCCCGGGCUGCCGUCCCUGCACAGCCUGGGCCACCCUCCGGGCCCCAGCGCCGUACCCGUGCCCGUGCCGGGCGGAGGCGGCGCGGACCCGCUGCAGCACCACCACGGCCUGCAGGACUCCAUCCUCAACCCCAUGUCGGCCAACCUCGUGGACCUGGGCUCCUAGAGCCCCGCCUGCCUCGACGCGCUCGCCUUCCGGGCUUGGCGCUGGGGACCGGAGAGACGGUGUCGGGAGGGCUCCCUGCGCCGGCGGCCCCGCCAGGUACUGAAAGCCCCGCUCGCUGAGCGGGCAGAACCGCCGGCCCCCGCAGGGUGGAUGGCUCUUUGGUUUGGUCUUUGUCCGGGAUUUGUUUUCAACAAGUUGCUUCUGAGAUCGUUUGGAGGCCAGGGACCCGGACUUGAACCUGGGAAGGGAAUAAAUUAUACACCAUUCUCAUACUCUCUCUCCCGACCAUCUCAUCCCUUCUUUCCUUUUCCCUUCCCUUUCCUUGCCUUCCUUGCUCUUUCUUCCAGUUCCUCUCCCUUCCUUCUCUCUUGUCCUCUCUCCCGCCCCUUCUUGCUUUCCCGGUUCCCCAUCUCUCUAUAUUUCUGGCUUGUCACCCCUCAGUAGUUCUGUUUCUCCAUUCUGUUUUUCCGUUUCUCCUCUGGCCAGCCUCUUGCACUCUUGGCCCCAGGGUCUGUACCCCUCAGCCUUUCUCCUCAUGCCCAGACGUCUGUUUGUGUCCUCCUCCCUCACUUUCCCGGGUGGACGUGGCAGCGGGAAGAGCAGAGAGAAACCAGGCCUUCUGCGGAGGCCCUCCCCGGGGUUCAGCGGGGCUGCAGGUGUCAGCUAAUAACUUAAGUGAAAGAGAAAGGACCGCAGCGCGGAGGCCUCUGAGCGCGCCCUUGCCGCUUGCCCCUCCCCUUCUCUCGGUGAGGCCCGACAAGCUCUCUCUUCUUCCUCCCGGGACUGUGGCCACAGUGCCGGCAGAGUGUGCCUCCCGAGCCUCGGACUUGCCGUCUCCCUGUUAUGCCCUCAUGUGAAUGUUC